AUGGAUGUUAGUAGUCCUGGAGGUGGUCUCAUUCCAAAGGCAGCUAAGGGUCUUCAAAUUUUGUUGGUUGAUGAUGAUACAGAUUGUCUCGCAAACAUGUCAUCUGUGCUUCGGGAACACUCCUACGAAGUUACCACCACGAAAUGGGCAAUAAUUGCACUAUCCUUAAUCCGGCAAAGAAGAUCCUUCUUUGAUCUUGUGAUUACUGAAAUGGACAUGCCUGGGUUCGGUGGCUUCACAAUGCUCAAUCAAAUUUUGCUUAUCAAGAAAGACAUUCCCGUCAUUUUGAUGUCUUCAAACAGAGAUGCGGACAUGGCCAAGAAAGCCCUUGAUGAAGGGGCAUGUUUUUUCUUCUUUAAGCCAGUGCACACUCCAGAUUUGAUCACAGUUUGGCAGCAUGUGUUUCGCAAGAGAGGCAACAGAAAAGGGCUCUUGAAGGAGGUUGAGGAUAAUGGAGAUCGAACAGUUCAAACCGAGAGACCUAGUGGUGUUAAUGAAGAAAAUGUUGCAGACCAACCCUUAAUCCGUGACCCAAGGAAAGGCAAGGCUCCUUGUUCAGAUGAUGGUCAUGGAAGCAAAAGGCCAAAGAAUGUGGGCGAUGAUGCAAGGCAGGCUAACAAGGAUAAACUGAUAAUAGGUGGUAAUGAUAAACAAGCCAGAGAUAAAGAUGUUGGCAAAAGAAAGAAAAUGGAGAAAAGAAAGAAAAGAAAAUAUCGUAAGAAGAGUAGCAGGUCUGCAGAGAAACAGCCACGCCUGGUUUGGACGCCUGAGCUGCAUGAAAUUUUCUUGAAUGCAAUUGCUGCAUUGGGUGAACGCGAUGCUCAUCCGACGGCAAUACAGAAGGAGAUGGACAUUCCAGAAUUGUCACAUCGCCACAUUGCCAGUCAUUUACAGAAACACAGGAAGCAUAUAAAUAAAGCAAGAGAAGUAUUGGUUAGAAAUCCACCUAUUUUUGAACCCAACGUGAGUAGAUAUCCAUCCCUGAGUGAGAGAAAAAAACCAUCUUUCUUUGAAUCCAAUAUGACUAGAUAUCUAACCCCUCAACCUACAACCAUGAGGACGAGAAAAGUACCUAGUAUUUUCGACACCCUGAUGGGAACAAAUCCAACUGAACAUAGUCAAAGCCCCUAUACUCCUAGUUUUGCUCCUUCUCAAUUUACACACCCAAAAACUUACCUUAGUGAGGGCACAGCUUAUAACCAAAUGGACGCACUCAAUCAGCUGCUUGCUAAUCCCAGUAACAACCCGCCAAUGACCAGCAAUCAUCAAAAUUCAUAUGCAAAUUUUGGAAAUCAAGAAUCUUCCCAAUUGAACCAUGUUCAGUACUCAGCUGAUCAGGGCAAAGGAAAACAAGUUUUGUCUUCCUUUGGAGGAUAUAAUGACAAUCAUGUUGCUCCAGCUGAUGAUUUAUGCAAGACCAACGUGGAUGCUCUGAUUGAAGCAAUUAAAAAGGAAUUGGCAGAUGCUCUUGGAGCUGAUGCCAAUUUGCGUCAAGAUAUGAAGUUCUUGGCCAGGUACAAUAAUGUUGUUCCUCAACAAAGCUCACACCAAACACCAUCCGAGGUGUUUUCUGCAGCUUGUAAAGACUUAUUGGCACCAGCAGAGACAGAUUUCGACAUUGGGGAACAGAUGACUUACACUUAUAAAGAUCUUGCAAUGAUUUUGAAUGACUUGAAUGCUGGUAGUGAAGGCAUUUCAGGAUCAAGCUCAGACCAAGAACCGCCCAUGGAGUUUUCUACAGCUUGUGAAGACUUGGCACCAGCAGAGACAGAUUUCGACAUUGGGGAACAGAUGACUUACCGUUUUGAAGAUGUUGCAAUGAUUUUGGAUGACUCGAGUGUUGGUAAUGGAGACAAAACAGGAUCAAGCUCAGAGUCCCCAGACCCGCCAUUGCCAGACAAUGUUGCUGAUGACGAUCAUGAUUUCACUGAACGGCUCAACAUAGAAGAUUUUUCUGAGCUUUUUGAAAUCUUUCCAGACAUUCAAGAUGGAGCUCCUUAG